AUGGCCAGCCUGUGCCAGGCGCCGGGCACCAGCUGUCUGGCAGGGAAUGUGAUGUGGGGGGCCAGCGUGGCCAGUCAGCUGGGCAUCGGGCGCUGCGCGGUGCAGGCGCUGCACGCAGCGGGGGCGCAGGUGGUGGCGGUGAGCCGGACCCGUGCAGACCUGGACAGCCUGGUCCGCGAGUGCCCCGGGGUGGAGCCCGUGUGCGUGGACCUGGGCGACUGGGAGGCCACGGAGCGGGCGCUGGGCGGCGUGGGCCCCGUGGACUUGCUGGUGAACAACGCGGCCGUGGCCCUGCUGCAGCCCUUCCUGGAGGUCACCAAGGAGGCCUGUGACACGUCCUUCGAGGUGAACCUGCGAGCUGUCAUCCAGGUGUCCCAGAUCGUGGCCAGGGGCCUGAUUGCCCGCGGCGCAGCGGGCGCCAUCGUGAACGUCUCCAGCCAGGCCUCGCAGCGCGCGCUGACCAACCACAGCGUGUACUGCCAGCGGGCCGUGGGGUGA